AUGUCGGUCGACGAGUUCCUGGCUAGCACGUUAUGGAAGGAAGGACCGCAUUGGCUUCUUCUGCCGGAUCGAGAAUGGACCAGCUCUAACCCGCCAAGUGUGGCCGAGGAAAUGCUAGAAGUUCGACACAUCGUAGCUACCGUACAGUCAAUUCCAUCAGUCAAUGCAUUGUUUCUCCGUUGGUCGUCAUACACCCGCCUACUACACGUUACAGGCUACUGCCUUCGCUUUCUGUUGAACGCCCACGCCAAGGCCAGAACUCAGCCUCCCCCCAACGCAGAACCUGUUGCGAAAUCACUGUCUGUGGAAAUACUUACCAAAGCCAAACUUACCCUGAUUCGCCUUGCUCAACAAGAUGCAUUUAGUCCUGAAAUAAAAGAGUUGGAAAGGGGGAAACCUAUAUCAAAACGCUCACAUGUACGCCAAAUGAGUCCGUUUCUAGACCAGGAGAAAGUGAUGAGGGUCGGAGGCCGUCUUAAACUAGCACAGUUACCCUACCAAAUGAAACAUCCCGCCCUACUACCCAGCUUUCAUCCCCUAUCACGUUUAAUUGCCAUGAACUAUCAUGAAAAAAUGCUUCACGCCGGUGGGCGACUGCUAUUAUCAGCCAUGCGCGAAGAGUUUUGGCCACUGCACGGUCGUCGCCUAGCACGUAGCACUGUGCGUAAAUGCUUCCGCUGCGCUCGCCUUAAUCCAGUGCCUGCUCAUCAACACAUCGGGCAGCUACCCGUUCACCGAAUUAUUCCCAGCCGUCCAUUCAGUAUCGUUGGAGUCGAUUACGCUGGCCCGCUGUACCUUAAGCCGAUCCACAAACGCGCAGCAUCUGCAAAGGCGUACAUCUGUUUGUUCGUCUGUUUCGCCACCAAAGCCGUCCACAUUGAGCUCGUCAGCGAUCUGUCCACUCAGGCUUUCCUAUGCGCGCUUCGUCGUUUUAUCGCCAGACGUGGUCGCCCAGCACACAUCCACUCAGACAAUGGCAAAAACUUUGAAGGAGCUAAAAAUGAAUUACCGGAAUUAUUUGCCAUGCUUCAAAACUCGGAAGUAAACGAACAGAUCGCAUCUACCUGUGCUGACGAAGGAAUCACUUGGCACUUAGUUCCGCCAAAAGCGCCCCAUUUCGGCGGGCUAUGGGAAGCUGCCGUUAAAGUAGCUAAAAAACAUCUCCACCGCCAGCUCGGUCCGUCUCGACUGUCAUUUGAGGAUGUCAGCACUGUGCUCACUCAGAUCGAAGCACUGAUGAACUCCCGGCCGCUGCUUCCUAUGUCGGACGAUCCCGAUGAAUUAGCUGCACUAACACCUGCGCAUUUUCUGAUCGGAACCAGUAUGCUAGCCUUGCCCGACCCAGACCAUCGGAACAUCCCUGUCAACCGACUGGAUCACUACCAGAAGCUGCAACUGCACGUCCAAAAAUUUUGGUGUCAUUGGCGCACCGAAUACCUCCAGGAGCUUCAGAAAGACACCGUGAUGUACCAACGAAACGAUAGUUUGCUUCCCGGUCGAAUGGUUAUUGUCGUCGAUGAAAUGCAGCAGCCAAUACGUUGGCCGCUCGCCCGAAUUCUGACCACUUCACCCGGCCCGGAUGGAAUGACACGUGUUGUAACGCUGCGUACUGCUCGGGGAAUUAUCACCCGCCCAAUCACCAAAAUUUGCCUGCUGUCUGAUCCUGCUACUACUGCAAACGACGAAGAAGAUGAUCCGCUGGCCACCAACCAACAUCCGGCCCAACGAUCCGAGGUUCCUGAAAAUGAAAAUUGA